UGGGUGGUAAAAUUUGUCCGGAAUCUCUUCUUAAUGGGAAUAUAUAAGAAAAUUCUUCAAUGAAUCUCUACCAUCAAUGGGAACUCAACACAUCAUAAGUUUCAGGUUUUACUUAAUUUGCUGAAAUAUAUAAAGUUUCAGGUUUUACUUCAUGAAUUUACCAUGAAAAUUGCCAAUUUCAUGUCAUAAGUUCCAUAUUUAUGUGUCUUUAAUUUUGUUAAAAUCUUAACCUCCCAUUAAUCAUGGAUACCACACAGCUGGGAUUUCUCAAAAUGGUGAACAUUCCACCCCCUCAUAUGAGGCGCGCGGCCAUUAAGUCACAAGUUGGUGGAGUUCACGACGGUAGCAGAACUCGAAACCCUGACCUCCGCCUCACCCAAACCCUAAGACUUGGGACCAACCAUUGGACCACAGGCCCGGUUGGUCAUGGAUACCACUUAAAGAAGCUAUGAUAUGAUGUAACGGUUGCAUUGAAGACUUUCUUCAUAUAAUGAGUACUGAGUAUGGGGAAGAAGUUUUACUUUUACACCACACUUUCUCCAGAAGAUUAUUACCAAAAAAAAAAAAAAAAAGAAUGAUGGUUUUAAUGGUUGACUUUGACUAAUUGAAAUUCAAGUCAGUUAGUGCACAAGGGAUUUAUUUUCCAAGGUGGUAAUCAUUACUGUUGAAUUUCCCUGCAUAAAAUGAUUCUGAAAACCCCACAAAUCUUAAACCAUAAACAUGCUAUCCUUUCAAAGUCCAAACUUUGUAAGAAAGAAUGGCUGCAACAAAAGAAGUCAGCAUCUUGUCUCUUGUCCUCCUGUUUGGUAUGUUUCAUGGUUACUCUCUCAUGCUUUCAUUUCCUUAAUUAUAUGUAAGAGAUUUUUUUUUUUUUUUGGUUGGUUCUUGCUUCCUUUUCUCGAGCUUAAAAAUUCAAGGUUCUUUUGAAUUCAAGUACUUUGCCAUAAGAUCAUUUUUUUCGAAUGAAUUGAGUUCUGUACC